AUGCUCACCGCCCGCCUCCGCAACCCCACUCUCGUAGCAGAUACGCCCAACACCUGGAGUCUAGGGCGCUUCGGCCCGGUCAUCAAUGCCUACGCGCUCGUCUACACCGCCUACGUGGGCCUAUUCACGCUGCUCCCGUCCACGCUGCCGGUCGCGUGGGAGAACAUGAACUACGAGGGACCGAUCUUUGGGCUAGUGGUGGUGCUAGCGCUGGCGCUGUGGGUGGUGUGGGCCAGGAAGGGGUGGCGCGGGUUGAAUAAAGAGGUCAUUGAUGCGGUUGUGGCAGAUGCGGAUCGGAGGAGCAGGGACUGA